AUGGCGGACUCGGCGAUGAACGCUGCCAGUGCUUUUAAAACCUGUGCUUUCAUGUUUAUGGUAUGUACUCCGGAUCUGAUUUUCGGGCGAAUUCGGUAUUCUAUUCCCGAGGAGCUGGAAUUAGGGGCAUUUGUUGGGAAUCUCGCACAGGAUUUGAGAUUGAAUGUACCGCAAUUGUCCUCUCGUAAAUUGCGGCUAACCUCUGAUACCGUAGCACAGUAUAUGAAGGUUAAUUUGGAAAAUGGGAUUUUGUCUGUUCGUGAAAGAAUCGACAGGGAACAUGUAUGUGGACAACGAAAUAUUUGUACUAUUUCUUUUGAAGUAAUACUGGAAAAUCCUUUGGAAGUGUACCGCGGGGAAGUGGAGAUUCUUGAUGUAAAUGAUAAUUCCCCCACUUUCCGAGACAGUACCAUUGCUUUACAGAUAGCCGAAACGAUUGCACCAGGCGUAGGCUUUCCUCUCGAGAGCGCGGAAGAUCCCGACAUCGGAGUAAAUGCAAUCACUGCUUAUACAAUCAGUUCCAGUGAGUACUUUAGCCUAAAGACGCAGACAACCGAGGACGGGUUUAUUAUUGCCAAAUUGCUAUUAGAAAAACCUUUGGACAGAGAGGUGCAGUCGUCUUUUCAGUUGGUGCUGACGGCGACGGAUGGCGGGACUCCUCAGAGAUCCGGCACAGCUCAGAUUCACAUUACCGUAGUGGACAUCAACGAUAAUCCUCCAGUAUUCGAUCAUGAAAUUUACAGGGGCAGCCUGAGGGAAGACGCACCGCGAGGUACCUUGGUGAUGAAAGUCAAAGCCACUGACAUAGACGAAGGAAUGAAUGCUGAGCUCACAUAUGUUUUCAGCAAGCUUGCUUCAGCAAGAGUUCGCGAACUGUUCAGUUUGGACCCCCAGACUGGGGAGAUUUGGGUUGAAGGACCUCUAGAUUUUGAAGAAGCACAAGAUUAUUCACUGAAUAUUCAGGCCGUAGAUCAGGGGUUGCCUGCAAUGUUAGCGGACUCGAAAGUGUUGAUCAAGGUAAUUGAUGUAAACGACAACGCACCUGAGGUAAAAGUGACUUCAGGUGUCAGCAAAAUUCCGGAAAAUUCUCCGCUAGGGACGAUUAUAACGUUGAUCAAUGUUAUCGAUCGUGAUUCUGGAGCAAACGGACAGUUUCACUGUGACAUACCAAAGCACCUACCCUUUAGGCUUCAAAUAUCGUCGAAGAAUCAUUAUGAAUUGAUUACCAGUGAACCGUUGGACCGCGAAUCUGUCCCUGAGUACAAAAUACCUUUUGUAGCCCGGGACUUGGGUUCGCCUUCACUAUCAACACAUGAAAACAUUCAGAUUGUAAUAUCUGAUAUAAACGAUAAUGAACCACGUUUUUCAGAAUCUUCCUACAACAUAUAUGUAAUGGAAAACAACACUCCAGGAACUUCUAUUUUCGCAGUAACCGCGUCCGAUCUUGAUCUGGACCUGAAUUCCCAUGUUUCCUAUGCCCUUCAGGAGAAACUUAUCCAAAACUUGCCAAUGUCUAGUUACCUCAGCAUCAACUCCAUGAACGGCAGCAUUUAUGCGCUACGCUCUUUUGACUAUGAGGAACUCAAAAGCUUCCAAAUCUAUGUUCAAGCUCAUGACGCGGGAGUGCCCCCGCUGAGCAGCAGCGUUACAGUGAAUGUGAUCAUCCUGGAUCAAAAUGACAACCCUCCGGUAAUUGUUUCACCUUCAGCACAGAGAGGAUCAGCAGCAAUAGAGGUCCUGCCCCAGUCAGCCGGCCAAGGGUAUUUGGUCACCAAGAUAAUGGCAACUGAUGAAGAUUCUGGUCAGAACGCGCGUCUACUUUAUCAGAUGGUGAAAUCUACUGAACCCAGUUUGUUCAACGUUGGGCAGAGCACCGGUGAAAUCAGAACAGCUCGCAACAUUUUGGAGUCCGAUCCCACCACACAAACUUUGGUCAUCUUGGUGAAGGAUAAUGGGCAGCCGAGCCUCUCCAGCACGGUUACAAUCCAAAUUAGAAUUAUGGAGAAUAUCACUGAAAGGAUCACUGAAAGUAAUAACUUGGUGUCGAGUCCGGAAAAUUUCUCUGAUCUAAAUCUUUAUUUUAUCGUUAUCUUCGCUUGCACUUCCAUUCUCUUCCUUGUGGCGAUUAUUCUGCUGAUUGGUAUUAAAUGUAAGCAGGAUAGAACUAUUACCCAGGAGUAUAAUUCUCCCAGCUGUUGUUACAAAUGUGGAGAUUCAAAUGAUACGUUCAAUCACAGACCUGCAAUGGAGGAAACGUUGCGCUACCCUGGGACUGGCCGCAUUGUUCGUGUGCCAGAAGUGCACCAUUACUCCGUCAGUCUGUCUCCAGAAUCAGCGAAGAGCGAUUUUCUCUUUUUGAAGCCAUGCGGCGCUCCCACGUCUCGUGUUCAAUGCUAA